AUGGCGCCGUCCAACCCGCUGGCCAACUGGGAGCGACUGGGAGACAGCUUCUAUAGGAAAGUCCCCAUCUACGACGCCAUCUUCGACGAGGAUGUCGAGUUAGAGAACUACAUCAUCGCCGGCGCUCCCUACGGAGGGGCUAUCGCUCUGCACCGGGACGAGAGUAAACCGUACCGGUUCCGAGAUGCCCAAACCGCCAAAUCGAGCAUCGACAUCUACUCGUGCUCCGGCAAGCACAUCAAUCGACUCAAUUGGGAGUAUGGCACCAUUCGGGGUCUCGGCUGGUCCGACAAGGAAGAACUCCUGGUGAUCACCGAGGACGGCACCGUCAGACGGUACUUUGGCCUGUACGGCGAUUUCACUUCCUUCUCGCUAGGGAAUGGUGCUGAGGAUUAUGGCGUGAGGGCCUGCCGGUUCUGGACCUCCGGGUUUGUUGCUCUACUCUCCAAUAACCAGUUGGUUGCGGUGUCGAACUACGAUGAGCCCCGGCCGAAGCUGCUCGCGCCUUGUCCGGAAGGGGAAGUCUCGUCCUGGUCUUUGAUACCGCCAGCCUACACGCUGUCCCGCUCAGUGGAGGUGCUGCUUGCCGUUGAUAAAACGGUUUACCUGGUCGACCCCACGGAGGCAGAGGAUAAGGUGCUUCAGAAUGGACCUUUUAAGCACGCCAGUGUGUCACCAACCGGGAGAUUCGUUGCACUAAUCACAGCUGAAGGAACGGUUUGGGUGGUCAGCAGUGACUUCCAAAGUAAGUACAGCGAGUACGACCCAGACUCGCGGGUCACCCCCCGGACGGUUGACUGGUGCGGCGAUGAUGCCGUGGUCAUUGCGUGGGAAGACGAGGUCCAUCUCAUUGGGCCAAAUGGUGUUGCCGCGAGGUACUAUUAUGAUGGUACAGUCCAUGUCGUGCCAGAAUUCGACGGUGUGCGCUUGAUCACCAAUGAUACAUGCGAGUUCUUGCAUAAAGUUGUUGAUGUCACCGAGGCGAUCUUCCGACUGGGGUCUACCUCCCCUGCCUCCGUCCUCUUGGACUCGAUAGACCUUCUGGAGAAGAAGUCCCCCAAAGCCGACGAGAACAUCCAACGCAUUCGACCGAGCUUGCCAGAGGCGGUUGACACCUGCGUGAAAGCCGCUGGCCAUGAAUUCGACCCACAGUGGCAAAAGCGCUUGCUGAAGGCUGCCUCGUUCGGAAAGUCUGUCCUGGACUUGUAUAAUAGCGAUGAAUUCGUCGAGAUGACCGAGAAGCUCCGAGUUUUGAAGGCAGUGCGGGAGUACCAAAUCGGACUGCCGCUUUCCUACGAGCAAUACAUGCGUCUCACCCCGGAAAGGCUCAUCGAGCGCUUGGUGAACAGGCACGAAUAUCUCCUUGCCAUCCGCAUCUCCGAAUAUCUUGAGCUUCCCGCCGAUCGGAUCUACGUGCACUGGGCCAGCCAGAAGGUCAAGGUUUCCUCGGUGGACGAUGAUGCCGUCUGCAAGCUCAUCGUCCAGAGACUGGAAGGCAAGCCGGGCAUCUCGUUCGAGCUGAUCGCACAAGCGGCUUACGACGAAGGACGGGCUCACCUAGCCACCCAGCUUUUGAACCACGAGCCCCGGGCUGGAAAGCAGGUUCCGCUAUUGUUGAAUAUGGAGGAGGACGAGAUCGCCUUGGAUAAGGCCAUCGAAAGUGGAGAUGCCGAUCUGGUGAAUUUUGUUCUGUUACACCUGAAAACCAAGCUACCUCUCGCCAGCUUCUUCAGGACGAUCAACACUCGUCCUAUGGCGUCCGCUCUCGUGGAAACUACCGCCCGAGGGCAGGAUACGGAAUUGCUGAAGGACCUCUUCUACCAGGACGAUCGUCCCAUUGAUGGUUCGAAUGUCCUACUCGCGGAGGCGCUAGAAGAGACUGAACUGCCGCGCAAGACGGACAAGCUCCAGCUCGCAUCUCGCCUGCUGUCCGACUCCAAAGACCCCUCUGUUGUCUUACAGCAAAAACUACUGAACGAAGCGUCCCAGCUGCUGAAGGUCCAGGAAGGCCUGGACAAAGACCUGGCCGACCGGUCGGAGUUCCUGGGGCUGAGCUUAAACGAGACUGUCUACAGACUGAUCCGAUCAGGCUACGGGAAAAGAGCGCAGAAGAUGCAAAGCGAAUUCAGAAUGCCCGAGAAGACCUUCUGGUGGUUGCGAUUAAGAGCCUUGGUAGCUAAGCGCGACUGGGGGGAACUGGAAGAAAUCGCGAAAAACAAGAAGUCCCCGAUCGGAUGGGAGCCUUUUUACAAUGAGAUCCUGGGUGCUGGAAACACCAAGCUCGCUUCGUUAUUUGUGCCCAAAUGCACCAACCUGUCGGCCGAGGACAAGAUGGAGAUGUGGGUGAAAUGCGGAAUGAUUGCAAAAGCUGGCGAGGAAGCCUUCCGGACAAAGAACGUCAACGCCCUCGAACUCCUCCAGGCGAGGGCUUCGGGGCCAGCCGCCGCUGAGAUCGACCGGAUGAUCAACCAGCUGAGGCCAAGGAAAUAG